AUGGUGAGUGAGACCCAAGUCCAGCCUGCAGCUCAGAAGCCCACUGCAGCUGAAGUAACACCAGUGAAGCCCCUCACAGCUGAACCAGACACAGUGAAGCCCCUCACAGCUGAACCAGACACAGUGAAGCCCCUCACAGCUGAACCAGACACAGUGAAGCCCCUCACAGCUGAACCAGACACAGUGAAGCCCCUCACAGCUGAACCAGACACAGUGAAGCCCCUCACAGCUGAACCAGACACAGUGAAGCCCCUCACAGCUGAACCAGACACAGUGAAGCCCCUCACAGCUGAACCAGACACAGUGAAGCCCCUCACAGCUGAACCAGACACAGUGAAGCCCCUCACAGCUGAACCAGACACAGUGAAGCCCCUCACAGCUGAACCAGACACAGUGAAGCCCCUCACAGCUGAACCAGACACAGUGAAGCCCCUCACAGCUGAACCAGACACAGUGAAGCCCCUCACAGCUGAACCGGCCACAGUGAAGCCCCUCACAGCUGAACCGGCCACAGUGAAGCCCCUCACAGCUGAACCAGACACAGUGAAGCCCCUCACAGCUGAACCAGACACAGUGAAGCCCCUCACAGCUGAACCAGACACAGUAAAGCCCCUCACAGCUGAACCAGACACAGUGAAGCCCCUCACAGCUGAACCAGACACAGUGAAGCCCCUCACAGCUGAACCAGACACAGUGAAGCCCCUCACAGCUGAACCAGACACAGUGAAGCCCCUCACAGCUGAACCAGACACAGUGAAGCCCCUCACAGCUGAACCAGUCCAGGGGAAGCUGUCUGUCUGA